CUAGGGAGCUGGGCUCCUAUAUUACAGAAUGGCAUUGUCUUUUCCUUACCUUUACAUAUCCUGCCCCUGUGCGAGCGAAACAACACUGCCACCGGUAUGGCCUUAUUCGAACCGCUUGUCCCGCGAAAAUGCGGAGGAUGACGACGAGGAAGACGAGAAGACGUUUGACCCACGAAAUCCCCGCGCGAAUUAUUCUUUAUACCCUCUAGAGCAUUUGUUGUUUUGCGAAGAUUGUCGUCAAAUCAGGUGUCCGCGAUGCGCGCUGGAGGAGGUGCUCUGUUGGUACUGUCCGAGCUGUCUAUUUGAGUCGCCCAGCAGUGCGGUCAAGACAGAGGGAAAUAGAUGCACUCGGAACUGUUUCCAAUGUCCCAUUUGCACAUCCCCUUUGUCCGUCAACGCGCUCGAAAAGCCAGACCCUAGAGACUUAUCCUGGAUACUCUCCUGCCCUUAUUGUGCAUGGAGCUCACUCGAUAUCGGAAUUCGAUUUGACAGACCGUCUGCAAUUGCUGGGCAACUAUUGAGAAUGCGAAAUGGUGGACAGCCAACGCUGACACGGAAAGAGCGUGACGGAGAACGCGAUCGCAGGAAGAGAGGAGAUACCAAUGAUGCAGAGGAGGAAGAUGAUCAUUCCUGGAAGCAGCAUAAGGAAAUUGAGGAUGUGGAUGACCACUUUUCAAAUAUAAGAGCAUUUUACACAGACCAAUUAGCGGAAACUUCUGCGUCAUCCCCUUUCGGGGGAAAUAACGAAUUUGGAUACGGAUCACCAGGAGCGUUGUCACGGAUAAUGGGGCUAUAUUCUCGAGCAGGAAGACUCUCUUCACACAGGCCGAAGGACAAAAUAAGGCCAAUGCGUGAGGCUUUUGGUGAAGAUGAAGGGGUUAAGCUAUUUGAUGCCAAAGGAGAGGAUGAAAUUAUUGAGCGAAUGAAAAGCGUAGGAUGGGAGGGAACGGCAAAACUAGAGCAGCAAUCCUGGCAAAACCGAGAUGCGCGAUUCCUGUCUGACCUGCGGCCAGUCCCUACGCUUCUUCGUACGAAACGCGCCAGACGAUGCCGAACGUGUCGGCACAUUCUUACAAAACCGGAGAGUAAAGUCGCCAGCACGCGGUACCGUAUUCGCCUUGUAGCACUAAACUACGUACCUACAAUGACCCUCAAGCCCCUUGUCCCUUCUCCUGCUCCUCCGUCCGCAGCUCCAGCGGUAACAGCUGCUCCUACUCCCCUUCCUCCAACUGCUCCCUCCAUCAACCUCCAAGCCCUACCUUCUCUCAUCCCCACCCAAUUCCUCCUCACACUACACAACCCCCUCUUCGACCCUGUCCGCGUCACGCUUGCCACGCCGGCCCGCACGCCCGGCCGAUUCGGAUCCAAAGUCACCAUUCUCUGCCCGCAAUUCGACAUUGGCGCUAACACAGACAUGUGGGACGAAGCUCUCACAGACGUUGCUGCCGGCAGCAGCGGGAGCGAGCCUGGUCCUGGCGCAAAAAGCAGAGGAAGCGCAGCUGGAAAUCAAUCGCAACCGACGCCCGGCGCAGCUGCUGCUCUUGACGCAGCCAAACGCGCACGAGCAGCCGCCGACUUCGACGGACCUGUACAAGCAGAGGCUGGAAAGAUCUGGGAUUCGGGCCGCAACUGGACGACCAUCGUGCUGGAAGUUGUCCCGGCAAACCUAGAUGAAGAGUCUCCCUCUUCAAAGCCCAACAAGAGUGCGGCGACUAAUAAUCCUGGAAAACAUGAUUCCAAUCCUGAUGAGCCUCCUGGCGAGACAGGGCUGGAAGAGGAUGAAGAUGUUCUGGAAAUACCCGUUUUCGUGAGAAUCAACUACGAGGCGGACAUAUCGAGUGAAGACGAAGAUGGGCCUGCUGCGGAUGACGCUGUCAUCGUUAGGAAUAAGCGUGGGGAAAAGAAGGUGAAGAGAGAAUUGGCAUAUUGGUGCGUAUUGGGCGUAGGUCGGAUAUCAAAGAUAGCUUGAUGGGCUUUAAAUGUAAUGUUGUCAUGUCGGUACGAUCAUAGAUAUAGAGUUAUCUCGCAACAUAUGAUCUGAUUCAAUCAAGGCGUAAGAUAAGCGCAUUGGGGUUAUCACUCUAGGGGC